AUACAACCUAAGAGGAUUUACUUAAUAAUUAUCCAUGGAGGAAUUAUAUUUGUGGUUACUGCCCCGCAACAAGGAGCCUACUUGAAUCGUUAUCAUUGCUCGAGAGGAGAGAUUGUACACAAGCAACCGAUCGUCGUGGAUUUGACUAACGAUGAAGCUAAAUUAACGCGGAAAAAAAGAGAAACAAGUGCAAGUAGUUCAGAAGAUUACGAUAUGAUAGCUGACAGUUCGAGCAGAUUUCAUCGCGAUAAUAAUAGCAACAAUGUUAUAGCUACGGCAUUACGUGAUCGCGGAUCAUGUGUGAUUCCCGUUCAACCGAAUCAUUGCCUUCCUAUACAUCCAGCACCACCAGUUCCAACUCGAGCUGUACCUAUACUAAAAUCUCGAAAAUCUCGUUCUCCGGUUUUGAAACUCGUUAGGGCUUCGAUUUUAGACGUGGUCAACGUGGAACGUGCCAAAUCAACGAUUUUGGAAGCUGACGGCUGUCCGGAAGAAAAGAAGAGCGCUACUUUUUUUCUCGAACGAAAUCGAGAACAAAAGACUUCUUCAGAAAAAACAAACUCAGUGUUACAAACGAAUCGUAACUCUUGUUCCAACAAAAUCGUAGAUCGUCUUAAACGGAAGAUCACUGAUGAGAAAUCUAAGGAACGUGGAAAAGAUCUUACGAAGGAUUUGAAGAAAAGAAGAAAAUCUUCUGACAUUAACUCAGACGGUGGAUUCAACGAAUUAUUUACAAAUUCUACAGCUAACAUUGAUAAAGAAGGAAAGACAGAGCUCUGUAAUGAUAAAAAGUGUACAAUGUCGAUCGUGGGAUCAACAACAGAGAUUAAUUUUGGAAAAGAGAAGAUCGUACCACCGCUUCGAUUAAAGAAAGUCGUUCAGGAAGGAAAAGAUGGCGAUCGUGGCAAUCCAGAAAUACCAUUGAAUGAAGAUAAGGAGACCAAUUAUAGAAUAGUUACGGGUGCUACGCCUCGUCCAGAGUCACAGUCUACUCCGACAAUUUGUGAAUAUUGGACCAGAGAAAAUUUCGAUAAUGAUGAUAACUUCGACGUCGCAUUGACAAGUUCGAUCACUCAUGAUGUCGUCCAUCGAUCUUCUGUCAAGAAUGACAAUUACAAAUUGAAAUAUAGACGCAAUAGAUUGAAACGAAAGCUCAAGGAAUUACAGGACAAAGCCUUAAAUCUAUCUCAGGAAAUAGCGAACGCGCCCAACAUUAUGAAUUCUAGUCCACAACGAAAUACAAGACUUAGACAAAUGAUGAACUGCUACGAGAAGCAAAUAGAAAAUGUUUCAAAGUUACUUAAUAAAUUAUACAACGAGAAUACGCUAGCAAAUAAGUUUGUUGAUAUUGAUGAAAAUAAGAGAGAGCAUCAAUGGGACGACGAAUUCGUUCGAAACUUCUCUCCAAUUUCCUCACCAGAACCACCAAAACUGUCACCACGUUCCCCAAUAGACUAUAAGUCACCGGAUAGCGUUCGAAGUAGUCCACCUGUAUUGCCCAAAGUUUCUUUAAAUAUUUCAUCGAACCUGGAUAUAUUGGAUGAGCAUGACGCAGAGACUGUACAAUUGACAAACGAAUCAACCUGGAUUACGUGUGAGAAUAAUACGGCAGAAAUUUCGUCAAUGGCAGAUACCUUUUGUGAAGAAACGACAAAUCAUGAAUGGGAGUCUAAUAAUAAUACCAACGCAGGUCAUCGAUUGACAACAUCUCCAAUUCUUUCGUCAACUUCUAUCGACCCGUGUUCUUCAGAAAAUGUUGAAAAUAUUAAAAAUGGGGAAGUAUUUUUCAAUAAUAUUGGAGAAAUUGUAGAAAAAGAUAAAAUUAAAAUAAUGCAUGGGAAAAAGGAGACCAUGAAAGAAUUUUCUAAGACAAUAGAAGUUGUAUCAUCGAAUCACUCGAUUAUUGAAGAAAUGAAAGAGAUAAGAAAACAUGACAUACACGAUGCCGAUAGAGCAAUUCAAAUUAAUAUCAAAAAUCCUAUAAUAAGUUCCAUCACUGGAGGCUCCGAGAUACCACACAAUGUGAGAUGUAAUCAAAUAGACACAACUUUGCCAACGCCAUCUAUAACGAAAACACAAAUGUCAUCUUCGAUCGAUAUGAUGAAUAUCUUGCAAUUAGGAUCGAAUUAUGACUCUACGUUUUUGAAGAAAAAUGCUUCAGAAACUAGUAAAAUGGAAGACUCGAAAAAAAUACAGAAGGUACCAUCGAGUACGACACAAUCAAGGAAGACCAAUUAUGACUCGAUAGCUUCGACUUUCAACCAAGUAGAAUAUCCUUUUACAGAUCAACAUUUUCCUGCUCAAAGUACUAAUGAUAAUCGUAUCAUAACCGAACAAUUUCCUACGCUUGGUAACUGGGUGGCCAAAAUGUCGAAGAAGCAAGUUUCUAAACAGAAAUCUAAAUUACAUACUGUGGAAAAUACUAUUAGUACCAUUUCAAUGGAAGAACCAACGCGUACUUCAAAGUUCGAUACGCACAAAGUAUCACUGAAUGAAACGAAUACUGCCAAUGGUAACAACGUGUUAAAUAUAACUUCACAAUGGAAUAAGGAGAGAUGGCAUCGUCAACAACAUCAGCAACAGCAAUUAUUUCAACACGUGUCUACUGACACAACUCCUCUGUCCCUUCCAUCUACUACGACUCUGAAUUCAGGAAUUUGCACGCCACUCUCAACAACUCAAUUUUAUCCAAGUAAUUAUAAUAUAAAUCCGUACAGUGGAGCAACGUUUGGUUAUCAUUCUGCACUAUAUCCUGUUUACAAUGGUUACCCAUAUCAUUCCCGUUUACAUCCAGGAACAUCUUUGACAAGUUAUCAUAUACCUAUGCAAGAUCCUCUUAAUUCACCUUUACGUCCAUUGUCACAUGUUGACAAGCACAUAUCCUCUUUGCAAAAUCCGAACAGAAAUUGUACUUCUGAUAUUUUAAAAUACUCCGGGUCACUUCCCGCUGCUAGAUUUCAGUCACCAAAUGAUUUUGGUUUCGAUCGACUCAGAACAUCUACGAACAAUCAUAAUAGCGAAGCAAACUGUCUCUCAUCGCUAUUGCUGGCAUCUUCAUCUCUGUCAUCAACUCUGACGCAACAAACUUUACCACGUACAUCUCUAAGUGGAUUUUCGGCUAGCAAUAAUCAAUAUGGACGCAGCAGAAUAAUACCGGAUGUUGUAGCUGCAGCUGCAGCUGCUGCAGUAGUUGCAGCAGCUUCUAUCGGAAGACAACGUGCCUCUUUACCUUCUUAUAACAAAUCUGCAAGCACAGGCAUUAAUGCCGUCAUGGAAGUGGAUCCUACUCGGCUAACUUCGAAUACUUCCAAUAAUCAUACUCGAGAACAUCUUUUGUCUAAUCAAGGACAAUCAAUUGAUGUUGGAAUGAAAGAGCCACAAUGGAACAGUGCUGGAUAUCACUCUAUACCGAAUUUACUUCUAGAAAAAUUACCUUUCGUUAGAACAGAACACAAUUUUCCUACAACUUCUACACUUUGUAAUAAUAUUCAAGAUUCACCAUCUAUAUCAACAGUUUCUUUUCCGCAAAUAUCAAAAAAGGUUUCUAGAAGCAUCGAAAGAGACUGUGAAACGCCACAUCUUGGUAAAGUAAAUAGGAGCCCCGAUACAUUAAGUAAUCUUAAAUGUUCUAAUUGUGGUGUAGGUGGAUCAAUGUUCAAAUGUCUUGGAUGUGAGGUAGCUUUUUACUGUAACGAAAGAUGCCAAACUCGACAUUGGAGUAUUCAUGUUGAAAGGUGUCCAAAAAAAAUGCCAAAACUGAAAAAAGUAGCAUAAAUUGUAUAUUAAAUAUAUUUUUCCGUAAAUCUCAUGUACUGUAAUUUUUAGUCAAUAUGUUUGCUAGUCUAUAAACGGCCAUGCAUAUCA